CAAACAGCAGCAGACUGUCAGACUGAGCGUGAGGACAAGACAGACAGAAUCUCACAGCACACUGCUGGUGAGUUCAGGAUCAGCUGAGUUGCCUUGGUGAACUUGGAAGGAAAGAUGACUCUUGCAGCGUACAGAGAGAAGAUUAAGGAGCUCCCACUAGUGUCUCUGUUCUGCUCCUGCAUCUUGCCAAAACCGCAGGAAAAGCCCACCAAGAAAACACAAGAUGUAGUGGAUCUCAACCUGGGCAUUAUUAAAGACAUGGAGGUCAUUGAGCUAAACAAGCGAUCAUCUGGUCAGGCCUUUGAGGUCAUCCUCAGACCACCAUCCUUUGACGGUCAGAGAGAAUUUCAUCCCACCUUCCCACCCCGCAGGGACCCCUCGUUGGAAGAGAUCCAGAAGAAACUGGAUGCAGCUGAGGAGAGAAGAAAGUGUCAAGAAUCUGAGCUUCUGAAGCACUUGGCUGAGAAGAGAGAACAUGAACGGGAGGUGGCCAAGAAAGCCAUAGAGGAGCACAACAACUUCAUCAAGAUGGCCAAAGAAAAGCUGGAUCAAAGAAUGGAGAUGAACAAAGAGAACAGGGAGGCCCACAUCGCCGCCAUGUUGGAGCGUCUCCAGGAGAAGGACAAACAUGCUGAGGAGGUGCCUUGAGGUCUUCUCACAACACAUGCUGAUCAUAUUGGAGACCAUUCACCAAAGGACUGACUAUCAUGCUAAGCUUAUUAGCUUGGAUAAUAAGAGAUCAGGACUCUGAAAGCAGAUUAUGAUAUUGGUAUAUCAUUGUAAGGUACGAUGGCCAUGUUUUCAGAUGAACAGAACUGGCCUGUCAGCAAAGAUUGUGAUGGAAUCUUUACUACCUUAAUCUGAGAAAACACAGAGAUGUGUUGCUGAGCUUGUAUGCCAACAGUGCCAAAAAUGAGUGAAUGUGAGUGGUAACUAUGUGUGUUUGUGAGUAUAUGGGUGACGUUUGAAAGGUUUCAUGUACUUUGCCCAUGUGGAUGCAGUCAAUCUGCUGAACCUCUAUUUUUGGUAAACUGCUUUUGCCGCUGUACAUAUGUUCACAUGCCUCAUAAUCAGCUGGUGUCUGAUUUGUAUAUAUAUAUAUAUAUAUAUAUAUAUAUAAUGCUGUACAGAAAUUGUAAAAUAUAUUUUAGAGACAGUGGGAAAUAAAGGACUGCUGGUAUGGUUUUGUCCUUGUGACUUUUUCAGGGCCAUUAUAGUGUGAAACAUUUGAUAUAUGAAUUUUAAAAGUGCUUCAAAGACAACACACUAAAAAAAAUGUUGACUUAACCCUUGUGCGACCUUCGGGACAUUUUUGUCUUUUUCAUUUUUGUUUUUUCGAUAAUUUUGGCUGUGUUAAUGCCAACAGCAUACAUUUUGCCAAAGGUGUGUCUUUUUGGGGGAAUUUUGAUAUUUCAACCUCAGUUACUAUAAUACAUCUAUAAUACACUGCGUACACAAAAUAGUUACACUCAGGACCUUAAGGACAAAAAUGUCCCCAUUGAAACCCAUUAAAACUGCAAUAUUUGAUCCCAGUGCCAUUAAAGCAUAAUAUCAUGAAUUCUAUGAUAUUAUGCUUUAAUUCUGGAGCCCUGGCUUCAAAAUUUACAUUUUUUAUAUUUUCCACCAGAUGGAGCCCUUUUUCUCAUGUUUAGCCUAUGGAGCAAAUACAUGCUUUUAUCCUAUUUUCUGUUUGCUGUAUUAUAGAG